AUGGCAUGCCCAUUCGUGCGAGAUGUGGUGGAUGAAGAAGCACUUGUGCUGAGGAGAGCCUUCAGGCGAGAAAGGGUCUUCAGGGACCGGUUGGACCCACUGGCCUUCCCUGAUGACCAUCUAUAUGAAAGAUACAGGUUUUCUGCAGAUGGCAUCAGGUAUCUAUGCAGACUACUGGGUCCCAGGAUUAAGCACCGCACUGCACGGAGCCAUGCACUGAGUGUGGAGCAAAUGGUUUGUGUGGCCUUGCGCUUUUUUGCUAGUGGAGCCUUCCUGUACUCAGUGGGGGAUGCAGAACAGCUGAACAAGGCCACAAUUUGCCGCACAAUAAGGAGUGUGUGUCUGGCUAUCAAAGCAUUAGCAGAUGUCUUCAUCUCCUUCCCUGGCCACAGAAGACUCUGUGACAUCAAAGAGGAGUUCUAUAGGAUUGCAGGUUUCCCCAAUGUCAUUGGUGCAGUGGACUGCACACACAUAAGGAUAAAAGCCCCCUCAGGUGCCCAUGAGGCUGAUUUUGUGAAUAGGAAAUCCUUUCACAGCAUUAAUGUUCAGAUGGUCUGCAAUGCUGACUGUGUGAUCAGCAAUGUUGUGGCAAAAUGGCCUGGCUCAGUCCAUGACUCCAGAAUCUUUCGGGCCUCUGAAAUCUAUCAGUGCCUAUCACAAGGUGAAUUCUCUGGUGUGUUGCUGGGAGACAGGGGGUAUGGCUGCCAGCCUUUUCUCCUGACACCUUUCACAGACCCCCAGGAAGCACAGCAGGCCUACAACCAUGCCCAUGCCAGGACCAGGGCCAGAGUUGAAAUGACCUUUGGCCUCCUGAAGGCACACUUUCACUGCCUUCACAAAUUAAGGGUCAGCCCUGUUAGGGCAUGUGAUAUUACUGUGGCUUGUGCUGUCCUCCACAAUGUGGCCUGCCUGAGGAAGGAGAGGGCCCCCAGAGUGCCACCAGCCAUGGACUGGGACAAUCCGGCAAUCUUCCCUGAUGACGACAGUGGUCGGCUGCUGAGGGACCAAUAUGUGUUGAAUUAUUUUAGUUAGUAUGUGUGCUUUCAAUUUUGGUUAAAUAUGUCCUGCGGUGGCAGAGGAAUUUGGUUUUUUUUUGGUUCGUUUUUUUACGAAUUUGGCCUCAUGAUGUUUGUGCGGUAUACUGUGUGUAAUACAAGGCUGCAGGGAGGCUACUGCAUCCAUUCAUUUGUCUGUUCAGUUGAUGUGUAUGGAUUUGUCCUGCAUUUAUUUUAGUGUGCAGACAUGCAGGGUGUGUUAUAUACAGACCUUUGAAUGUGUAUGUAUCAUUUUGUAUAAUAUGCUUGGAUUCUGUGCUUUCCAUCUUAUAGAGUCACUGUGACUUCAGUUUCGAAAGGAGCUGAUGGUUUACCUGCUUUGUUUUGUCCUUAUUCAAUAAAGGAACAUAAUGUUA